AUGGGAACAGAAAACCAGACGUGGGGGAAAGAGUUUAUUCUCCUUGGCCUGUCCAGUGACUGGGACACUCAGGUCUCUCUCUUUGUCCUGUUCUUGGUCAUGUACCUGGUGACAGUGCUGGGGAACUUGCUCAUUGUUCUUCUGAUCAGACUGGACAGCCGACUCCAUACUCCCAUGUAUUUCUUUCUCACCAACCUCUCCCUUGUGGACGUCUCUUAUGCCACAAACAUCGUGCCUCAGAUGCUCGUGCACCUGCUUGCCAAACACAAAGGAAUCCCGUUCGUGAGCUGUGCAGCCCAGUUGUUUUUCUCCCUGGGCCUGGGUGGGACCGAGUUUGCUCUCCUGGCGGUGAUGGCCUAUGACCGCUACGUGGCCGUGUGUAACCCCCUGAGAAACGCGGUCAUCACGCACGGAGGGUUCUGUACCAGGUUGGCCGUCACGUGCUGGCUCAGCGGCUCUGGCAACUCCCUCGUGCAGACUGCCAUCACCUUUCAGUUGCCCAUGUGCACAAACAAAUGUAUUGAUCACAUAGCCUGUGAACUUCUAGCUGUGGUCAGGCUGGCCUGCGCAGACACGUCCUCCAACGAGGCGGCCAUCGCGGUUUCGAGCGUUGUCCUGCUGGUGACACCUUUCUGCUUGGUUCUCGUGUCCUACAUCCAGAUCGCCUCCACCAUCCUGCAGGCCCGGGCCGCAGAGGGGAGAAAGAAAGCCUCCCACACCUGUGCCUCUCACCUCGCGGUGGCUGCCCUGGGCUGCGGCAUGGCCAUUUUCACUUAUAUCCAGCCACACUCCAGCCCCUCUGUCCUUCAGGAGAAACUGAUCUCUGUCUUCUAUGCCAUCUUGAUGCCUGUGCUGAACCCCAUGAUUUACAGUCUAAGGAACAAGGAGGUGAAGGGUGCCUGGCAGAAACUACUAGGGCACUUAUCUGGAUUAACUUCAAAGUUGGCAACUCGAUGA